AAUUGCUUUCUUGGAUUAACAAGAAAAUAUCUAUCUUUUCCCUCCAGAUGAUAUCGUUUCUCACGAUUGAAGAAAUGAUGGAUAUGAACCGAUCUCGGAGGCUAAACUUCAAUGCUCCCUUCUUGUCAACGAAACGCCAUGUCACCCAAGAGAAGCUUCCUGGUCAGUUCCCGGAAGCUUCUGUUCCGUUUUGCUGGGAGACUGCUCCGGGGAUGCCCAAGAACUCGUCUCUCUUGAAAAAUGACUCUGAAUCCGAGACUCCCCGUCUCAAACUUCCUCCGGGAAGAUUAAAGAUGAACGUUAAUGGUGAAAACAGCGACUUCGAUGAUGUCAGUGAGAGUUUAACACCAGCUAGAUUGUUGCGUAUGAAGAAACGUGACACUCAAGAACAUUCCCAUUACACCGACCGAGACGCGGUCGAUGUCUUGUCUCUCACGCAAGCCAUAGACAUGGUCGAACACCCCAAAGAUAGUGUUACGGAAUUCGAUGAUGGAAGCAGCGGAGGAGGUGACUCAAACGGCUACUUAACAAUGGAGAGCACAGAGCGAAGCCAAGACAUGUCACCGAGUUACAUAAUAGAGCGGUUCCUGCCUGAUGCAGCGGCUCUUGCAGCCGUGACAUCAGCGGCUAGUCAAAGGAGGAAGAAGAAGCUCUCUUAUCUGAGUGCAACGGUGAGGCAAUCUUGUUUUUCACCAAAAGCUUGUGGCUUGCAUGUGUUGCUGCCUUGGAGCACUAAGCAUAGGAUCUGUGGUGUCAAAAAUGCAUUCUCUCCUUCUUCCCACAUCCACUUGCAACCCAAGUUUAUUACGAAAGAUAACUAGUUGAAUUAAUAAGGUAAUGGUUAUUGGACUAUAUAUUGUUGUGACACAGUGUGGGGGUUAAUAAGAAAAUCAAAAAGCGUGUACAAACAUAAGGCUUUUUAGCCAAAAUUGAUGCAGCUAGCUUUAGAAUGAUUAUGUAUUACUUUGUAUUAUAUAUUAUCAAAAUUAUACUUUAAAG